CGUGAAUGAUGCGUGAGUGUUACAUUUACGAUUUUCAAAAUGGCGAACAAAACGGGUGGAGGGAGAGCUCUGGCGUCUAAAGGAAGACUUUUAGCAGUGAUUGGGGACGAAGAUACUUGCACUGGUUUCUUAUUGGGAGGAAUUGGAGAAAUCAACGAUAAACGACAGAAAAAUUUCUUCGUUGUUACCAAAGACACCUCAGUUGGGGAAAUUGAGGAGACCUUCAAGACAUUCACAAAUCGCAGCGAUAUUGCAAUUAUCCUGAUAAAUCAAGUCAUUGCUGAAGAAAUCCGGCAUAUAUUAGAUAACUAUACUCAAGCAGUUCCUGCUGUACUAGAAAUUCCAUCAAAACAUCAUCCAUAUGAUCCUUCAAAAGACUCCAUUCUCAGAAGGGCUAAGGGUCUUUUUAGUGCUGAUGAUUUCAAGUAAAAACUCUACAUGCAGAUUGCAAUUAAAUGUCUGUCUAAUAUAAUUAUUAGUAGUAUGAAUAAUGGAGUUCUGAAUCCUAUUUACCUGAGUUUCUUAUAAAUAAUAACUUAACCGUUAUUGAAUAAUUUUUAUACAUACAAACGGUACUUUACAUGUAUUCUUUUUCAUCAACAACGUUUUCAAAUUAUGAAA